CUCUCUCUCUCUCUCUCUCUCUCUCUCUCUCUCUCUCUCUCUCUCUCUCUCUCUCUCCAUGGAUACCGAAGACAUGAAGAUUAAUUCCAACUUGUAUAAGGCUCUGAUGCAGAAGGACGACGACAAGGUGCUGGACAUAUGUGCAAGCAUUCCCAAGGGUCCAUUGCAUACAGUUACAAUACAUGAAGAUACCGUCAUCCAUAUUGCGACUUACCACAAGAAAAACGAUCUUGUGCUUCAGCUCCUGAACAUGGUCCCUUUGUGCGAUUCUCACAAACUCACUUGGCAAAAUAACGGCGGAAGUACUAUCCUCCAUGAGGCGGGCACUAACAAUAAGACACUUGUAGCUGCAGCGGAAAUGCUACGAAGGGCUCCUAUGUUGCUCAGUAUGGCAAACAAGCAAGGAGAGACGGCUUUAUUCUAUGCAGCUCGACACGGCAAGACUAGGAUCUUUAAGUUCCUACAUGAUCAAGUCACUAAAACAAAUCAGGGACCCGAUUUGAAAACCUUUCUUCUAAGAGAUGAUAGAUCUACCAUACUCCAUCUAGCAAUUCUUAGCAGAAACUACUGGAUGUGUCAUGAGAUAGCAGUGAAGCAUAACCAUUUAAUUCAUGAAAUGGAUGAAGACGGGAUGACACCUCUUCAACUUCUUUCCUGCCGUCCACUAGAACUCCCUCCACAUAAUUUCGUCGUGCGCUUUAUAUACAACUUUAUUGAUCCAAAUGUUGAAGACACCAGUUGGAUGUUGCCCCCCUUGAAGAAUUUGCGAAAACGGAAGUUCAAAUGCGAAUGGGCAAUGAAACUAGUUAAGCUCCUGGUAAAAAAAGACACUUCAUGGGAAAAAACUGCAUCAAGGAGGUAUGCGAAGGAGCGAUUGAAAGGAAAGAUCGAUAACGAUGCAAACACCUUGCUUCAUAUGGUUGCCGAAGAGGUAGAAGAUGUGGAUUCAGAUUUAAAAGGUCCUGCGUACGUACUGCAAGGCAAUGUGCGUAUGUUUAAGAAAGUAGAGAAUAUAUGUACAACCUUGGACAAAAUGAAGUUGAACUCAAGAUCCAAGACAGCUGAACAGGAGUUUAAUGAGGGAAACGAUAAACGUCGUAAGGAAGCCAAAGAAUGGAUGACCGAGAAUGCAAAAAACUACACAGUUGUUGCAGUGCUGAUUGCCACCGUCGCGUUUGCGGCAGCGUAUACAGUACCAGGAGGUCCAAAUCCAACGACGGGUCAGCCAGUUCUUAAGGAAAAACCUUUGUUCUUCUUUUUCACAGUAGCAGAUGCAAUGUCUCUCUCAGCAGCUUUGACAUCAGUUAUCAUGUUUCUCAACAUCAUCACAUCAUCAUAUCGGUUUCAGGAUUUCGAAAAAUCUCUUGUUCGUAAGUUGCAAGCAGGGCUUGUGAUGUUGAUGAUAUCAGUGGCGAUGUUGAUGCUUGCAUUCGCAGCAACGCUUAUUCUAACUGUCAGCAGUGGGAGGAAGUGGACGGACAUCUCCUUGUACGCCAUUUCGUUUAUCCCGGUCCUUAUUUUUGUACUUAUGUUUUUUCCAUUCCAGAAGAUACUGAUCUUUAGGGAGGUGUACUCGAAAGCCAAGGAAGCGCUGGUUAAUAUGUUUUCUUGCUUGACGAAACCAAAACCUGCAGUUUGGUUUUCUGGACGUGGGGCUACAUCAGUGAUUUAACCUCAUAACAUAUAUUAUGAUUUAAUGUUGUAACUACGUAUGGUUUGAAUAAUUUGACAUUGAUCCUAAGGAGCUUGAUGAUAUAUAUAUAUAUAUAUAUAUAUUCCAUAUAAUAACUUGAGUGGUGUAUCGGCCGGUGGUUUCCUUUGAGUGGUGUAUCGGCCGGUGGUUUCCUUUUAAUUAAGUUUGUAAUUCAUGUAUGUAUAACAUAUUUGUUAAAAUGAAGUGUGCAUGUUUUUGGUAUGUGAUUGUUAGAAGUGAAAUAUCGAGUGAUUUUAAAAUGAACAAGAUAAGACAAC